GUUGGGUGGGUCCCCUGGCGAGGAGUGGUUCUCGGAUUUGGGGUCGCCUCGGGCGCCUGUCCCGGCCCGUUCGCCCAGGAUGGACCCGCAAGAGGAGGAGGCAGCGGCGCUGAUGGGAACGGGGCUGCCGGCGGCCCGACUUCAGGAGCUGGUGACCUUCCGGGACGUGGCCGUGGACUUCACCCGGGAGGAGUGGGGGCAGCUGGGCCCAGCCCAGAGGACCCUGUACCGCGAUGUGAUGCUGGAGACCUUCGGGCACCUGCUCUCUGUGGGGCCAGAGCUUCCCAAACCCGAUGUCAUCUCCCAGCUGGAGCAAGGGGCUGAACUGUGGGCGGCAGAGAGAGGAACUGCCCGCGGCCACUGUCCAGGCUGGGAGACUAGACCUGAAGGCCAAGUGACUCCCAAGGAGCAGGAACUUCCAGAAGAAGAGUUGUCCCAUGUCAUUGAAGGAGAAGGGGUCCUGAGGGAUGCUUCCCAGCCCCCUACAUUAGGGGAGGACUGGAAAGAUGAGGGCCAGGUAGAGGCACUCAGGAAGGACCAGGAUGAUUUGAGGCAAGUGGAAUUUGGCCUUAAAGAAGCACUAAUUCAAGACGGAGACUACAGAAGUCCCAGACUCGAGGAUAACUGUGUCCUGAAUUCAAACCUAAUUCCAUUAGAAGAGAUCUCUAAGAGAAAAUAUCUCUGUACCCACGACUCACAUGUUACAAGUUUGGAACAUAACUCAAGCUUAGUCAAUCAACAGACAGGCUCCUCAGAGAAACAACCCUUUGAAAACAAGGACUGUAGCAAAGCUUUUGAUCAAGGCAUUCAAGUUUUGCAGUUUGCAAGAAGUCAGGUACAGGAUAAACCCUACAAAUGUACUGACUGUGGUAAAUCUUUUAACCAUAAUGCACACCUCACAGUACAUAAGAGGAUCCAUACAGGAGAGAGACCUUACAUGUGCAAAGAGUGUGGGAAAGCCUUCAGCCAGAACUCGUCCCUUGUUCAACAUGAGCGAAUCCACACAGGAGACAAACCCUAUAAAUGUGCUGAAUGUGGGAAGUCUUUCUGCCACAGUACACACCUUACCGUACAUCGGAGAAUUCACACGGGAGAGAAGCCUUAUGAGUGCCAGGACUGUGGAAGGGCCUUCAACCAAAAUUCAUCCCUUGGCCGCCAUAAGAGAACACACACUGGAGAGAAGCCCUACACAUGCAGUGUGUGUGGGAAAUCCUUCUCGCGAACCACUUGCCUUUUCCUUCAUCUGAGAACACAUACCGAGGAGAGGCCCUAUGAGUGUAAUCACUGUGGGAAAGGCUUCAGGCACAGCUCCUCCCUGGCUCAACAUCAGAGGAAGCAUGUUGGUGAGAAGCCCUAUGAAUGCCGCCAGAGGCUGAUCUUUGAGCAGACGUCAGCUUUAAUGAAACAUGAGUGGGGGGAAGCCCUUGGCUGCAGCCCAUCUUUGAGUCAAGAAGAGAGGACUCACCAGGGUGACAGACCCUUUAAAUGUAACCAGUGUGGGAAAUGUUUCAUCCAGAGCUCUCACCUCAUCCGACAUCAGGUAACUCACACGAGAGAGGAGUCCCGUGGUUGUAAACAACGUGAACAAACCUUUAGGCGGAGCUUGCACGCCAUCCGACAUCAGUCCACACGUUCAGAAGAGAACCCUGGGGGUGGAACAGAGGCAGCACAGCCUGCAAGCAGAGCUCUCGCCUUGUUUGACAUCCAUGAAAUCAUCCAAGAGAAAAAUCCCGUGCAUGUUAUUGGUGUGGAAGAACCUUCUAUUGGCACGUCCAUGUUAUUUGACAUCAGAGAAUCUACAUAGGCAAGAAACCCUCCAGAUGACUUUUGCACCACAAGUCCAAGCAUGUGGUAAGUCCACAUAACUGUAUUCGUGGAAAGGGAGGCUGAGAGGAGAGAUGCCGAAAGUGACCUCUGAUUUCUUAAGGAAAUGGUGCUUCCCAGACACCCAAGGGUGGUUCCCUAACUUAUCCAAUCUAGUGCCCCCUUUGACAGCAGGUGUUUUCAGAUGUUUCUUGGGUCAUCCCAUAAUGAGUUCACAGGUGACAGCCUACACCCAUGUGUCAUGUCAAGAGAUCAGUAUACAGCCUUGUUUUGUAAAGGUUAAUUAAAAUGGAAGUAGUUUAUGCUUUUGUAAAGGAUAAUUAAAAUGGAAGUCAUCCUGUUGGAGUAAUGUGUAUGAGUUGAUGCAGCAUCUCACCAUGUAACGUGUGGGCCCAGUUACACCCGGAGACCUGGGACAAUAGCCUGUUGCUAUCCAAGGAGAUACCUAGUGAAUAACUCUUGGAAAAGUAUGGAAAACAGAAUGCCAUCGCAUUUCUGGAAAAUUCUAUGUGAAUUCUAACCAUGCAGGAAUUACUUUGUAUUUAAAUGUAAGGUUAGUUAAGGUCUCAGUUCACACAUUACAAACAGGUUGUUUCAGCGAAGUACCCGGUGCACCGACGACGGUUCUGUGCUUCGCGGUCACUGGAGCUACUUGGCUCCCGCCCACAACACGGCAGCCACGAAUGCCGCAGUCAUGUGACCAGGCACCCCUGGGAGACUCCACAGCGGUCCCUGGGGUCGGUGCACCUCCUGCUGAAAACACUGCCUUAGAGCGGCCGGCGUCGCUGCGAGCCCGCGGUUCUGAGCUUGGGGGCGCUACCCCAGGGGACUGCGAGAGACACACUACUGACGCCCAGUGGUUGAAGCCGGGAGUGCCUCUGCGCUUUCCGCGGCGUUCAGGGCUGUCGCCAACAGGAACCGCCAGGCGCCCGUGUCCUCAGUGCCACCGCCGAGAAGCCCCGGGUGCCGCCAGCACGGCUCUGUGGCGGCCUUCGUCUGCCCUCGGUCGGUGGACUGCUCAGGGCUGUGCCAACAGUCCUGUGAAUUUGAUUUCAAUGAGUGGUAUGCUUAGCUCGUUUAUACUCAACAAAUGCUUCAGCAGUUCUUUCCCUAUUUUGCAACACCAUCAUUUUUAUGAAGAAAGAAAGGGAAUCCACCUAUUUUUCUGAAUCUAGUUUUCCACAAUUUAUUGUGGAAAUUUUAAACAUAAAUAAUGUAUUUUCACCAGUAUCCCACCUCCCCGCCUUUCUUCUGCCCUUGGAUUAUUUUCACAUCAGUCACAGGCAUCAUUUUUUUCAUUCCUUACUGCAAUAGGUAUGUCUAAA